CCUCAAAAUAAUAACACCACGGGAGAAGCAAUUCUCCACAGUGAAAUUGUGUUUCAAGUAAUAAAAAAUUAAAUAUUCAUCAGUUUAAUGAAAGAAUAUUAAGUAAAAAGUGUUAAUAAUUAAUAAAUAUUAUAAAAAUGUCAAACGAAGAAGAAACAGUGACUCACAAAAGUCACAGAGAACGAAAUGCAGGGAGGAAAGCAGAGAAAAAAAAAUUGAAAAAAGAGAAACAGCAGGUAAUUACUGAUAAGCAAAAAAAUCCAAAAGCUUUUACAUUCAAUUCUGCAGUAAAAGCUGAGAGAAGAUUUAGAAGAAAGCAAGAUUUAGAUACCAAAAAAACGCAUAUUCCGUUGGUUGAUAGAACACCUCUAGAACCACCACCAAUUUUAGUUGCAAUUGUUGGACCACCUAAAGUAGGCAAAACUCUACUUAUUCAAUGUCUUAUAAAAUCCUACACUAAACUUCCUAUGCUGAAUAUUCAAGGACCAGUGACCAUGGUGUCUGGUAAAAAACGCAGAGUAACAUUCAUAGAAUGUAAUAACGAUAUCAACAGUAUGAUUGAUAUUGCAAAAGUAGCUGAUCUUGUUCUUUUACUCAUCGAUGCAUCAUUUGGAUUUGAGAUGGAGGUAUUUGAGUUUCUAAAUAUCUGCCAAGUUCAUGGAAUGCCGAGAAUUAUGGGCGUUUUAACUCAUCUUGAUUGUAUUUCUAAUAUCAAACAAAUGAGAAAAAUAAAAAAGAUUCUCAAGCAUCGAUUUUGGACUGAAGUUUAUGCUGGUGCCAAGCUUUUCUACUUGUCUGGUCUUAUUCACAAUGAAUAUUUAAGGAAUGAGAUUAAAAAUUUAUCGAGAUUCAUUGCAGUAAUGAAAUUUAGACCUUUAACUUGGAGGACUACUCAUCCUUAUCUUCUUGCAGAUAGAGUUGAAGACUUAACACCGCCAGAAACUAUUAGACAGAAUCCUAAAGUUGAUAGAACUAUUUCUUUGUAUGGGUACAUCAGAGGAGUGCCUUUAAUUAAAGAAUCAUCUGUUCACAUUGCUGGAUGUGGAGAUUUGAGGAUCAAAGACAUAAGUUUUCUUCCUGAUCCUUGUCCGCUGCCUGAGCAAAUAAAGAAAAGAGCACUUGUGGAGAAAGAAAGGUUAAUUUACGCCCCAUUUUCUGGUGUUGGUGGAGUGGUCUAUGAUAAAGACGCUGUUUAUGUAGAACUUGGAGGCAGUCAUUCACAUAAAGUAAGUGAAGAUGGCGGCAUUGUUUCGGAAAUCCUUAAAUCUCAGGAUGUUGUGGAUGAAAAUUUAGAGAAAAGAAAGUUGAAAUUAUUUUCUGAAGCUGAUCCAAUUAAGUCUCGAGAUAUUGAAAAAACUUUUGGAGAAUCUUAUGCUCAAGAAAAUGUGUUCGAUAAUGGAAGACUUCGAAGGAAAGUUGUUUUUAAUGAUAAUGAAGAAGACAAAAAAGAUUCUGAAGAGGAAAAUGAUCAAGAUGAUUCUGAAAAUGAUGAAGAGGAUGAAGAACUAAAUAAGAAUAACCAAGAUAUCUCUCACAACAAAAGAAAAGCACCAUUGGAUAAAGAUGCAGAAAAAAAUGUUAAAAAAAUUAAAAAUGAGGACUUGGAUGAAUUAAUAAAUGAAUCGACAAUCAGUUCUGGUUCAAUUAUAAAAAAAAAUAAAAUGGAACAAGAUUUUGAUGAUGAUGAAAGUUUCGAUGAGCUAAGUGAUGGUGAUGUUGAUGGAAAAGUAGAGCAAGAUGAUGAUGAUCGUGAAGAAAUUGAAGAUGAUGAUGACGAUGACGACGAUGAUGAAACAAAUAAGACAAUAUCAAAGCAGAAAAAAGAAGUCGUAUUCCGUGGUUUGAUUCAAAAUCCUCACGGUGAAAUAAAAAACAAAAUUUCUGAAGUCUUGAAAAAUUUUGGCACUGUUUACGAGAGUAAUAAAUCGAAAAAUAAUUCUGUUGAUGAUGAGAAUAAUGAAAUAAAACAAGAUUGUCAAAAUGAAAAUAGCAAAGAGGACGAAUACGAUGAUGACAGUGAAAAUGAAGAUAUGACGGAUGAUGAAGAAAAUGAUAACAGUGAAAAUGAAGAUAUGACGGAUGAUGAAGAAAAUGAUAACAGUGAAAACGAAAAUGACCACAAUGAUGAAGAAGAUGAGAACAAUUUUGGUAGUUCAAAAUGGAAAGAAAAUUUAGCAGAGAAAGCUCGAGAAGAUUUUCUUGCUCGUCAGCAAAGCAAUGUGAACUGGAUGAAAAUAGUGUAUGGAGUAGCUGAAACAAAAGAAGAAGUUGAAUCAACUGAAGAGGAAAAAGAAAACGAUGAUGAUAACGAAGAUAUUGGUGGAAUAUUCAGAGUUAUUAGUAAACAACAAAAGCAAAAACUUGAAGAACGUGAGCGAAAGAAUCAAGAAGAUUCAGUAUUCUAUUCAAGAGAUACUCCACGUAAUUGGCUGUCUACAGAAAAUAAAUUCUUGAUCACUAAUCGUUUUGUAACAGGCCAAUGGAAAGAAUCUGAAGAUGCUGAACAAUUAUUGAAGCUAGACGAUCUUUCAGAGGAUGAUGAAGAGGUUUUUGGAGACUUUGAAGACCUUGAGACUGGAGAAAAAAUGACAGCGCAGCCUAAACCUCCUGAAGAGAAAGAUGCUGAUGAGAUUGAAGAAAAGAAAAGGCUUUUAGAAAAAAAAUUAAAACUUAAACAGCAAUUUUUAGAAGAAUUAAAUAAUUCUGAGUCAAAGACUUUCUACGAUGAUCUUAAACAGGAAGCUGAAACGCAAGCACAAUUAAAUAAAUCGGAAUUUGAAGGUUUGGAUGAUAAUUUGAGAGUACAACUAGAAGGUUUUAGACCUGGAAUGUACAUAAGGAUAGAAUUUGAAGCUGUUCCAUGUGAAUUGAUUACAAAUUUUGAUCCUACUUAUCCUUUGAUAGUUGGAGGACUCCUUCAUGGUGAAGAAAACAUUGGAUUUGUCCAAGUAAGAAUUAAGAAACAUCGUUGGUAUCCUAAAAUACUAAAAACAAGAGAUCCUUUGAUUCUUUCGGUUGGUUGGAGAAGAUUUCAAACGCUGCCAAUUUUCUCGAAACUGGAAGAUAAUAUGAGACAUCGUAUGUUAAAAUAUACUCCAGAGCAUGUUGCAUGCAUGGGUCACUUCUGGGGACCAAUUACUCCACCAGGAACUGGAAUUUUAGCGAUCCAGGACAUUGCCACUAGAACACCAGGUUUUAGAAUUGCGGCCACUGGGUCUGUCGUUGAACUAGAUAAGAGUACACGUAUUGUUAAGAAGCUCAAGCUCACUGGAGUUCCUAUGAAGAUCUAUAAGAAGACUGCUUUUAUCAAAGACAUGUUCAAUUCCAAAUUAGAGGUAGCCAAGUUCGAAGGUGCAAAAAUAAAAACAGUGUCAGGUAUUAGAGGACAGAUUAAAAAAGCUAACUCUAAACCUGAAGGUUCUUUCCGAGCUACUUUUGAGGAUAAAAUCCUUCUUAGUGACAUCGUUUUUUGUAGAACUUGGUAUAAAGUUGAUGUUCCUAAAUUUUAUAACCCAGUAAAUUCACUUCUACUUCCUAUUGAGGCUAAAAAUCAAUGGAGAGGAAUGAAAACAACUGGACAACUCAAGCGAGAAAAAGGUAUUAAGGCUGUGCCUAAUGAAGAUUCAUUAUAUAAACCAAUCGAAAGGCAGCCUAAAGUAUUUAAACCAUUGGCAAUCCCAAAAACUCUACAGAAAGAGCUUCCUUAUCGUGAUAAACCUAAACUUAAACCACUUCCUGAAUAUCGUAGACCUAAAUUUUCUGAAAGCCGUGUAGCUGUCGUGAGAGGUCCUAAAGAAGAGCAUGUUGCUAAACUUAUGAAAAUGAUCAGAGUUGCUUAUCAAAAUAAACAGGAAAAAUUGAAGGAAGCAAUGCAUAAACGUAUGACUGAACAUCAAGCGCAAGUGGAAGCUGAGGAAAUGAGAAAAUUAAAGAGGCAAAAAGAACUGAAAAAACAGAUUCAUAGAACGUUGAGUAAAAUGGAUGCUAAAGAGAAAAAUAAAAAGCAUUAAUAUUAUCAUGAUUUAUAGUGUGUAUUAUAAAUUUUGUAUAAAACAAGUUUAAUAAAAAUAUUCUUUACAUAUUUAAAAAUG